CGAACUCCUCCACUUCCAUCGAUCCCCUAACCGCCCUCCCGAUUUCUAAUCGCUCGUAAAAAAAAAAGGCGCACUUCGUUUUCCCCGCGCGGUUUUCUCUCUAUACAAAUCCCCCUCAUCCCCCUCCACAACAUCCAUGGCGGACAAGGAGAACUGCGCCCCUCACCUCACCUCCUUCACCGCCGCCUCCAAGAGAGUCGCCGCCUUCGCCUAUGAUGCCGAUCCUCACCGCGCAACCAAAAAGAUACGCGUCGAGCUGGUCGAUCUUCCCUUCCUCUCCAACGCCGCCCCUCUCCUUAUACCCAGUCCUCCCACCCCGCCGCUUCACAGGCCCAAUUUGCAGCAUCGGAGUAGGGAGGCGCAGGGCUCUGUUAUCGCUCCGACGGUUAAUUCAUACUCGUCAGAACCGGGUUCCAGAAUCGAUGAGCCUUAUGCUUCGGACAUCUAUCGCUACCUCAGAUCUAAGGAGGUCGAUGCCAAGAACAGGCCAGUGGCAAACUACAUGGCGACAGUUCAGAAGGACAUCGACGUCAAUAUGAGGGCGGUUCUGGUGGAUUGGCUCGUUGAAGUAGCAGAGGAAUACAAGCUGCUAUCUGAAACCGUUUACCUCUCUGUCUCGUACAUUGAUCGAUUCCUCUCUUUCAACGCCAUCAAAAAGCCGAAUCUGCAGCUCCUUGGCGUGACCUCCAUGCUCAUUGCCUCGAAGUAUGAAGAGGUCGAUCAGCCCACUGUCGAAGAGUUUUGUUACAUCACGGAUAAUGCUUACACGUCGGAACAAGUUGUGAAACUGGAGAGCGACAUUCUAAAUUUUCUCAAGUUUGAGUUGGGAAAUCCUACCAUCAACACUUUCUUGAGGAUAUUUUCUCAGGCUGGUCGGGAAGAUGAAAAAUAUCCACCUCUGAAGCUAGAGUUCUUGAGUUGUUUCCUUGCUGAAUUGAGUUUGUUGGAUUAUGGAUGCCUCCAAUUUUUGCCAUCUCUAGUUGCUGCUUCAGUUGUCUUUGUUUCUAGAUACACUAUUGAUGUAGAAAGACAUCCUUGGAGCAAGAAAUUAAUUGAGUGCACUGGCUAUAAUGGAGUUGAACUGAAAGAUUGUGUCCAUGCUCUACUUGAUCUGCAACUGAAAAACAAAGCUCCUGGCUUGGUUGCUAUCAGAGAUAAAUACAAUCAACACAGAGUAAGUUUAUCUAAUGAGGCAAAAGUGUAUCAAUGCAGCUGUUGUGGUUACCAUAAGCCUUAUGUUUUAACUUGUGUUAUUUUUCAGUUCAAGUGUGUGUCUUCAUUGGUUCCUUCUGCUGAUGUGCCUGCAAUCUACUUUGAGGAGCCCAAGGAAUAA